UGUUGAAAGAGAAGUGCCGGACUCGGACUCGGUUUCCCUGCGGCUCCGGUAGACUUUCGGGUCAUUGGCUGAGCGGUGCGGAUCUGGUCCCGCUCCUCCCCGCCUCCAGUGACACAAUAGCAGCUCCCUCCAAGAUGGCGGCGGCGACGGCGGACCGGGGAGCUGGGAGCCCGCAGGCUGGAGACUCCUCCGGCGGGGGCGCUGGGGGCGGGCUGCCGUCCCCAGGGGAGCAGGAGCUGAGCCGGCGCCUGCAGCGCCUGUACCCCGCGGUCAACCAGCACGAGACGCCGCUGCCGCGCUCCUGGAGCCCCAAGGACAAGUACAACUACAUCGGCCUCUCCCAGGGUAACCUCCGCGUCCACUACAAAGGUCAUGGCAAAAAUCACAAAGAUGCAGCCUCAGUGCGUGCCACCCAUCCCAUACCUGCUGCCUGUGGCAUUUAUUACUUUGAGGUGAAGAUUGUCAGCAAAGGAAGAGAUGGGUACAUGGGAAUAGGACUCUCAGCUCAAGGUGUCAACAUGAACAGACUUCCUGGUUGGGAUAAACAUUCCUACGGUUACCAUGGAGAUGAUGGGCAUUCCUUCUGCUCCUCGGGGACUGGUCAGCCCUAUGGUCCCACAUUCACCACAGGAGACGUGAUUGGCUGCUGUGUCAACCUCAUCAACAGCACCUGCUUCUACACCAAGAAUGGCCACAGCCUUGGUAUAGCCUUCACAGAUCUCCCGGCCAACCUCUACCCCACCGUAGGCCUGCAGACACCUGGGGAGAUUGUGGACGCCAACUUUGGGCAGCAGCCCUUCCUGUUUGACAUUGAGGACUACAUGCGGGAGUGGCGUGCCAAGGUCCAGGGCACUGUCCACUGCUUCCCCAUCAGUGCCCGGCUUGGCGAGUGGCAGGCGGUGCUACAGAACAUGGUCUCAUCUUACCUGGUGCAUCAUGGGUAUUGUGCCACAGCCACAGCUUUUGCCCGAAUGACUGAAACCCCGAUUCAGGAAGAGCAAGCGUCCAUAAAGAACAGACAAAAGAUCCAGAAGUUGGUACUGGAGGGCCGUGUGGGUGAGGCCAUUGAGACCACACAGCGCUUCUACCCAGGGCUGCUAGAGCACAACCCCAACCUGCUCUUCAUGCUCAAGUGCCGACAGUUUGUGGAGAUGGUGAAUGGGACUGACAGUGAGGUCCGCAGCUUGAGCUCCCGAAGCCCCAAGUCCCAGGACAGCUACCCUGGCUCCCCCAGCCUCAGCCCCCGACACGGCCCCAGUAGUUCCCACAUGCACAACACAGGUGCAGAUAGUCCCAGCUGCAGCAAUGGCAUCGCGUCCUCCAAGAGCAAACAGAACCACAGUAAAUACCCCGCGCCCAGCUCCUCCUCGUCCUCCUCCGCAUCCUCCUCUUCCUCCUCGUCCCCAUCCUCCGUCAAUUAUUCCGAGUCCAACUCAACAGAUUCCACCAAGUCCCAGCCCCACAGCAGCACCAGUAACCAAGAGACCAGCGACAGUGAGAUGGAGAUGGAGGCGGAGCAUUACCCCAAUGGCGUGCUGGAGAGCAUGUCCACGCGCAUCGUCAAUGGUGCCUACAAGCAUGAGGACCUGCAGACCGAUGAGUCCAGCAUGGAUGAUGGGCAUCCUCGGCGGCAGCUCUGUGGGGGCAACCAGGCUGCCACAGAAAGGAUAAUCCUGUUUGGCCGCGAGUUGCAGGCACUGAGUGAGCAGCUGGGCAGGGAGUAUGGCAAGAAUUUGGCCCACACGGAGAUGCUGCAGGAUGCUUUUAGCCUGUUGGCAUACUCAGAUCCCUGGAGCUGCCCAGUUGGCCAGCAGCUUGACCCCAUCCAGAGGGAGCCUGUGUGCGCUGCCCUCAACAGUGCUAUUUUAGAGUCUCAAAACCUGCCAAAGCAGCCCCCUCUGAUGCUCGCCCUGGGCCAGGCAUCUGAAUGUCUACGGCUUAUGGCCCGAGCGGGCCUGGGAUCUUGCUCCUUUGCCAGAGUCGACGACUACUUGCACUAGCUGACCAUGCUGGCUGGCCCCACUUGGCCCUCUCUUGGCCCCAGGGCUGGAGCCCAGCCCUCCAUAGGCAUCUGGCGCAGGGACCUGAAAGCCAUGGGCAGAGUCCACUCUUGCCUGGCCUCCUCACCUUCUUUUCCUUUCUUUUCCACCCUUUUUUCCCACCUUUAGUCUCUCUCCCCCCACACCCACCUCCACAUGCAGCGGCCUAUGACACAGUAUUGGCUAGUUACUCUCUUGUAGCGCCUACUUUGAAAUGGGGGUUUUGUUUUGAGAGGGGUUGGAGUUUUUUAAACUUUAUUUUUUUCCUCCUGACUGAGCCACCAGUAUUUAUCUCUGGAGAGUUUGUGCUGAGCUGGUUUCUGCUAAUUUAGUGAUGGAGCCUAUCCAAGUUGGUGAUAGCUUAUUAUUUUCAUAAGUAAAAAAAUGAGAUUAUAUAUAUAUAUAUAAAUAUAUAUAUAUUAAAAAAGACACAGUAUUUAUCGUAGUGUUAGUGGCCCAGCACCUCUUGGGUGAGGCUGUCCAGACACCAUAUGUUUUUAUUUGAGUCCAACUCAUUAAAAAAGAAUCAUCUCUGUAACCUCAGCCAAGUGAUUUAUUUAGGCUUCCCUUUGUUGAGCUACAGGCCCAGCUGCAGCUUAAGGAAGCGCAUUAGGCUUGUGUGGGGGGACGGGGGCACGGACAGAGGCACUUAGUGAGCAGGUCAGGCUAAGCUGGUCUGCAGAAUCUAAGAGGUGUGGGUCCCCAGGCCCCUGAGAAUCAGACUGAGCAGAGUGCCAGGGGUCCAGAGAAGAGAAGAGUUGACACAGGGCCUCACAGCAAAGCAAGGGAGUAGAGGGUUCUCGACCAGCACACCAUCUACCAUUUUACCCUGCCUUUCACUGCCUUCCUUGCACCUCUCUUCCCUUUUCAACAUCCUUCCUUCACUUGUUAAGGUGGCCAAAUAAGUCAUUUACUCUAAAUUGAUUGCCUGGAAACUACCUGCCUUCGACCUGAGAGCUGCUGUGUGUCAGACUACGGGGAAGAAGUCUCCAUUCCCAGGACAGAGACCCUUGAGUACAGGGCCUGCUUCCUGCCUGGAUCUUCACUGGCUCUGCACAGCUCUGAUGGAAUCCAUGCUUUCUGUUGGGAAGCCAGGACCUUGUUGAGGCAGAUUCUUGGGCUGCUGGUCGCUGGAGUGGAUAGAAGCUUUGACCCUCUAGGCCAGGCUUCACUGCAGCUGUGCCAGGCAGCUCCCUGCAGUUUGGCCCCAGCCACUCUCAGAAAGACUGUUAUGAGUAUUUGCUGGCCAGAGGAAGGGACCUCACGGGCUUUACAAAUGUCCCACCAGCCCCAUCAGAUGGAUCCUUACAGCUGAUAGGGGCAAAAACAGUCCUGGUACUGUCAUCAGGAAAUCGGGAAAGGAAGGGCUACAAUGGCUUCCAGGAUGUGGGUGGGCCAUCUGCUGCGAGGACUGACAGCCCAGGGGAGAAGAAAGGGAGGAGGUCUACCCAGAGGAGCACCAGGAGGGACUGGGAUUUCUCCACCUGCUUCAGAGUGGGCGGGAGCACACAAGCAGGCUGUGCAAAGGAACGAGGUCCAAAGUUGAGUUUCCAGUCCCUGCCUCGAUCUGGCCUGGGCGAGCUGCUGCUCUCUGUCGGUGGACACAGGAAUGGUUGGGAUGGCCUGAAAUACCCAGUGUCACUCAGGCCUUGCUGAGCCCACAGUUGGGACAACAAGAGAAACGAUUGAGUUGGACCAGUUGCUGGUGGUGGGUGAGGACCCUGGCCCUAUGCUGUCUUAGAGUUCUGCCUUGGGAUGUGAUCCUGUAGGCUGCUGUUUUUUCUUGGUCCCACCAAGGCAGCUGGCGGCCCACAGACCAUGGCCCGUCAGGGAGUUGUCGUGUCUGUAAAGGAAACUCAUCCUGUGCAGGCCUAGGGAUGCCUAACUCCCAAACCCAGAGGUUGGAAAUAUCAGUCUGUUAAAAUGGCCAGAGCCAAGAAGGUUUGGGAAUUAAAACCAGAGGCUUUUGCAGCUGGGAUGGGGUACAGAGAACAUCUGAUCCACUGAUCCUCUCCUUUUACAGAUAAGGAAACAGGCCCAGGAGGUUAAGUGAGUUGGCCAAAGUCACACAGCAGAUUUGUGCCAGAGUGGGGACUAAUCUCAUCCUCUGGGUUGGGCACCACUGUUAAGUCCUAAAGCUGAAUGGCGGGUGAGGGGUUAGGCUCAGCAGUGUUAGGGAGGCUCCAGCAGUGUCUGAGCAGCUGGUACUUCCAGGGGUGUGUCAGGGAUGGGGAUAGGUGCCUGGGCUUGGGCUGUGGAGCAUCUGAGAGAGGGCCCAGGAGGGUCCGGGACAGCUGUGUGCUGCUUGGGGUUGGGUGUCCGCCUGGCUUGCACUCAGUACCCAUGGCCAUCUCCCCAUUUUCUGUGCCUUAUCUCACUGUUUCAGCUGAGUCCAAGUUGUUUACUCUGUUCCUCUCCAGAGGGGCUCUCUGUCCCAGUUGGACAGCUUACCAUUGGGACAUAAGCCUUUGCCCCACAAGCCGUGGAGAGGACCAAAACCAAGCUGCUUGAGCCCACUGUCUUGCUGAUAGUCCAGGCCUGCCUGCCUGCCAGCCAGAGGAGCCCCUUAUGCACACCCCGUCCUACCAGCCUGCUUCCGGGAGCCGAGAGUGGGGGAGGCAGCUGGGAGGAGCCCUGGUGAAGAACCGGACUUGACCCAAAGGGUCAGGAGGAAGACUUAGCCCUGUUGGGUUGUCCAGCCCUGAGAAAACAGCCUUCCUUCCUUGCCUUUUCUCCUCAUGCCACCAAAUGAUUGCUCCUUCCAGAGUGGAUGAAAACUGGCACCCACACAAAGAAAACCAGACCCCUGAUCCUCACCCACAUGGAUCUGUGGCUAGGCGCGGGCCUUCAAAAAGGGGUCAGUAAGAUAGAGAAGUGGGGAUUGCCUGGCCACCCAGCGCCUUCCUACCCCAUAAGCAAGCACAAAGAAGAUGAGGCAGAGAACUGUCCGAGCUGAAAGUUCCUAUGGUUGCUCACAACUCAGGUAUGCAUGCUGCGUGGCGGCUGGGCAGCAGAGCCCUGCUUGACCACCAGUCCUGUGCACCCGGACCUGUGGCCAGAUUGUGGAUUCUGGCUGCCUGAGGCGCUGCCUUUCUGUGUAGGGUUUUCCUCCAUUAGUAACUACAGCUGACACAGACGUCCUCCACAUUGUGCACACUGGUUCUGCCUUUGUCCUCGCAAGUUGAUAGUUGGCAUUAGCAUGAAACUUGUGGGUGUGGGAGGGUUUAGAGAGAAUUCUAACACAAAACAUCCUAUUAAAUUGUACUUGAGAGAUGAAAAAACUCCUGUUGUAUUUUGACAGAAUUAUUUUUAUUAAAAUACACAUCCAUGAGCAGU